GGGGCAUUAUAUCACAGCAUGCGCCCAAAGUCACAGCAGCAUGCCAGGAGACCGGAGGAGGCUACUGACACAAGAGGGAUUCAGACUGCAUGAAUGUAUAGGCUGGUUACUGCAGUGAUUGACAGCUCGGCCUCCCAGAGCUGGCUGCAGCCUCCCAUCACAAUGCAUUGGCAGGAGAUUUUAGAACUCUCUCUGUUGCCUCUGGCAACCUGUCUCUGUUCAAUAAAAGAGAACAACACUACACCAAACACUGUGAGGACUACAAAGCGAGCAAGCCCGGAUAAUAAGGAAUUAAAGAGGGGUCCUGCAUAUUCAGACUCAUAGGACUCUACGCCGCCCUCCACUCCCCGUCCCGCAGAAGGUCCCGAUCCGCCUCAGAUGACAUACUUAUGGGAGCAGACUUCCUGGACGGUAUCAUAGCAACGCCACGGCUUAUCCUCCGCCCCGGGGGUCACCACAGCAACUGGACUAAAAGGCGCACUGUAAUAAUAGAGUGCAUCCUGAUGUCUCCGGAACUAAUUCAACAAACAUAAUUAGUUACAGCAGUAUGUACACAGCAGAUUUGAACUUAGUGGUUGACCUACAGAGGAUGUCCAGUCGUGUUCAUAACCCACCUGGAUCCUCAGUGCCACGUCUGCCUGUCAUUGAGCAUCCUUUAUCCCGACUCGGAGACCCAGAUACUUUGUCCCUUAGAGGGUUUUCCAGGGCAGGUGGGUCACAGCAUGAGGCAGAGGAAGAAGAGCACAUCAGAAGGAACCUUCAGACAGCAUCCUCCUCCUGCAGCGACAGAAGCCUACCAGUUACACCAAAACAUCAUAUCCCACAAGGUGUGCAGGUCACCAUUGCACCUGACCAAAGCAAGACCAGGAUGCCCAUAUUUGGUCAGAGGUCAGAUAUUGGGAGUCGUGCCCAGAGCAGAGAGAGCUCUGCCAGCAGCAGGUCCAGUCGUGUGUCACGUCCUGGAACCCAACUGCGGAUUGAAAUAGACGAGCUGGAGCAUGUGUUACGGGAAAAGUUAAGAUCCGGGGGAUAUUUCAGCCUCAGACAACUCUUUAAAAACAAUGAUCCAGACAGCAAAGGUCAAGUGAACAGGGAUGUGCUACUCAUAAUGUUAACAAAACUCCUUGGAAGACCUAUAAGCUCUAGGCAGUUCCAGCAACUCCUUUUAAGGCUGAAACUUGAUGAAAAGACCAUAAUAAAGUUUGGGGAGUUGUAUGCAGCAAUAAGAGAUCCUGUGCAGGAUGGACACCCAGCCUGGCUGGAUCCAGUUACCAGGAGAACAGAAGAUAAAACGUUGACCGCAUCCCAAGUCCAUACACAACUAAAGACUAAACAAAAAUUUGGGGACCUCUCUGCACUGAUAUCACAGAAGAAGCCAGAUGGUUCUACAAGGAUCCUACCCCCCAAAUUCAGAGACAUGCUUGGACAACUUGGAUUGUACAUGGAAGAUGAAGAGUUUAAUAAACUUUUUAAAAGAUACGAUGUGGAUGGAACAGGUGUGAUUAAGGCAGAUUCACUGUUGAAAAGACUCGGAAAUGAAAUCCAUAAUAAUUUAUCAACCGGUAUAAGCACAAAAGGACAACUCAGAGAAAUGUCUCGGGCUGAACUAGAGCGGAAGGCCUCACUCAGCAUUGAGAAAUGGAUGAAAGAUAAGUUUAGAGAGGGUUUUCGGAGCAUGAAAGAAGAAUUUGAGAAGCAUGAUCCGCAGAGAAUUGGCAAGGUUGAAAAAGAUGAUUUUCUGUCAGUGUUGGAGAAGUUUGACCUAAAACUUAAGGAUGAGCACUUUAACCUUUUCCUGGCAAGAUGUGGUUUAGACAACUCUCUGUCAGGUAUCAGCUACAUGGACCUGCUAAGGAAUUUCCAAGACCGCAGCGAAAAAGGGAUCACACACAAGAUCCUCUCCGACCCUAACCAUAGAUUUCACCGCGAUGGUGCCAAUAGCCCACUGUCUACCUUGACUGCAGUGGAAGCCAAAAUCACAAACCUCUUCCAGGCAGACUUUCUGGCACUGCUGGCAACAUUCGAGAAAAUUGAUAAAUUCAAGACAAACAUUAUAAGUCAACAGGAAUUCCGAGCAGCUAUCGAAAGCAGGUUCGGCGUGGAGAUUACUGAUGAAGACUUUGAGCAGCUACUUGACAGAAUCCCCCUUGACGAAGAAGGGAAUGUCAGAUACCCUCACUUCAUGGCAAUGUUUGAUUCUCGACGCGGAGUGCCAAGUCUCUUUGAUGAAAGGUCUAAAGGAAGCUCUGCAUUUGAGGAUGAAAGAGAGCAUGGACCUGGGAGAACACCGGAACAGCUGUUCAAGAUUAUAAAGAGUCUAAUUCAUAAAAACUACUCUGUAGUGGAAAAGGAAUUUGAAGAUCUGGAUGAAAUGAAUUCAAGACGCCUUACUCAGGAGACAAUGUACUUCCUCUUAAAGCGCUUUGAUAUCCAGCCUGGGGUUACUCGAGGAGAGAUCCACAGACUUUGGGGCACUUUCAUCACAAACCAGGACAAAACUUUGGACUACUUGGAAUUUGUCAGGCACUUUGGUUACUCUCCCAAAUCUGCGUGUUAUCCCAAUGCAAAGAUCAGUCCACCAAAGAAAGGAGAUGGGGAUUUUAAGAUUCGAUCCAAAAAGCUAAACUGUGACUCAGACAUACUUAUAGAUAACGUCCGUGCAAAGGUGGAGUACUUGUGGGAUGACCUGCGGAGAGAGUUUGAAGAUCUUGACCCUUAUCAAACAGGAUUUGUCAGCAAAGAGGAAUUUAAAGAUCUCCUAACAGAACUUUGUGUACAGCUGAAUGACUAUGAGCGAGAAAUGUUAGCAAAGAAAUUUGAAUGUAAAGGUGAUGGGCGGGUAUCCUACUUUGAGUUUCUGCAACCCUUUGUGCCCCGCCGGAAAGCUUUGAAGACUAAAACCAACAUGGAGGCAGUUAUGCGAAGCUCACAGGAAGAAGAUGAUUCAUCUAAUCAUGCUGAUGGGCUUGAGAGUCUGACAUCUAGAAUGCGCAAGAAGCUGCAAGGAGAAUGGAAGACUCUCCGAAGAGCUUUUAAGAAGCUGGACAUGAACAGCAGCGGCUACUUAUCAUUGCCUGAGUUCAGAUCUGUUUUGAAGCUCUGCAACUUUGUGCUGGACGAAGAUGAGAUCUAUCACAUCAUGUCCAAAUAUGACCAGAAUAUGGAUGGCUGCAUCAACUACAAAGAGUUUUUAGAACACGCAUGUAAGAAAGAAAACCUCUCUACCUCAACCACGCCACUCCACACUGUGAAGUAGUCUGGCUCAGUUACCUGUUCAAGAUUAGGAAAUAUGUGGCUCUUCAACUUUAGUGGAACAAGAAAAUGCUGGGACUUGUAGUUUUUUUGCUAUCUGAAGUGCCAACAUGUAGAUUUUACCUUUGUUCAAAGUCUUCAUUGAUUAAAAGAAUUUUGUGUGGCAUGUAGUAGGAAACCAUCUCUAUGGAUUUACUGUGUCAGAAAAAUAAACUAUUAGAACCCUUUAGCGCA